CCGCCAUGGUCGACAACCCCUGGCUGCCUCAUCUGUAUUACGCAUUUCAGGAUGAAACCCAGCUUCACCUGGUCAUGGAUUACGAGCCUGGUGGAGACAUGUACAUCUUUUUGAGCAAGUAAGUAUGCAUGCCCAUCGGAGUUGUCGAACCCCGCAUGUCCUGGACCUUGAGACUACCUCAUUAUUUGCUUUCCUACCAGGACAGCACACCUUCUGGACCCCGAGAUGAUUGAGUUCUACGCGGCUGAGGUUGUUGAGGCUGUUCACUCGCUUCACCAGAUGGGCUACAUUCACUGGUAAGAUCCGACCCUUAAAAUUCCGAACCAUACACAUAUGUACGAUUUCUAGUAAAGUCUCAUAGAUGGUCUAGCUGACUUCUGAAAAAAGGGAUUAUGCUCAAGAUCCAGUCUAUCCUGUCCGUCUUGUAUGCUAAGUGUCCCGCACCGACUGUGAUGACUCAGGCUGUCUUUGCAUUUUCUGUCCAUGCAAUUCCCUUUUAUCUUUCAGUGAUAUUAAACCCGAAAACUUUGCAAUUGAGCGAAGUGGGCACUUAAAGUUAAUCGACUUUGGAUCUGCAAUCCGCUUGGAGGCUGAUGGCAAGGUAAUUUUCGUCGUAGAUUUAAUCAUUUCUAGGCUGGCAUAGAUCAUUGCUUACUGUGAAAAUUCUAUAUGUGUGCCUUAUUUUCUAAGCUUGAAUUCUUUCACUAUCGACGUCCCUAGUUAAAAUUUUCACGGAACACUAUGCACCAUAGAGUAGGUUUCAACCACUUUUACAUCCCUUCUCACCUUUUUUGCUGUGUGCAGUCUUCACAUAGAGUUCCGAGACGACCUCUUUUCUUUUCUAGUUUCAUCCUCCGUGGUUCUGCUCCGUUUUUUAGUUUCUCGUAGACAGGUCGGCUUUUUUCAGUCACUAAACCCCAUUCCUCCUCUUAAGCACUGCCCAUCUAAAUUCUUUUCUGACCAAGUCUUCGGUAGCGAUUAUUUGGAACGAAGUUCAGCGUUCAUGUUAUUCUUUCCUUGCAUCCAAUCAGUUUCAGCUUACUGCCACAGGCAAAGAUUUGUAACUAAAACACCACCUUGUUUAAUUUAGUCGCAAGUAUUUCUGUGAAGAAUUCGAGACCAAAUCAAAUAACUGUAGGUCUGAAAUUUUAAUGCGGUGCGGUAAAAUCUCAGUAACUCGUGGCUAUACAUUUUUUCAAGAUAAUGAACUAAUCAUUGAACCAUCUGACACCAACUUUUGUUUCAGUGUGUCUGCCCGACAAUGGUUGGUACAAAGGAGUACCUCAACAUUGAACUGCUUACCCAACGCAAGCGCAGCCCAAAGGACGCACUGCGUGUUGGUCCAGAGUACGAUUAUUGGGCUGUGGGUGUGUUCAUCUAUGAAAUGUUCUAUGGCUACACACCAUUUUACGAUGAGGACGAUGACAAGAUGAUGGAUAAUAUUCGUAACUUCAAGGUAAUGCUUUCCUGUGGUUUCUACUGUCUCUCCUUUUCAUAGACCACUCUUCAAUUCCCUAAGGAUGUGCAAAUUUCGGAGUCGGCUAAAGACUUAAUCCGCCGACUCAUUUGCCAGCCCACUCAACGGUUGUGUUACGGAGACAUUGUUGAGCAUCCUUUUUUCCAAGAUGUGGACUUUGCCACAAUUCGUCAACGUGAGUUGUUAAUAAAUCAUCUGUUGCAGGCAUUCUAUUGUCAAUAUAUUUGACAUUUGUCUGUAGUUAACGUCGACCAAAUAACCCCAAUUUUGGAUUAUUUUGGGAGUCGACUGGCCGUAUAAGCUAUUGCGUUGACUUCAAUACAGCCAGUCAUGCCAUUGGAAUAGAUGAAAUUAUAGCAAUUUGGGUCUAGUGAUUUGCAGUUUAAAUUGCUUUGGAUACGGUCUGUCAGCCUGCGACAUUUCUUGCAAUAAUUUUAUUUGUCCUUGAUCCACACCCUGCAAUUUCAUCCCUAUCGACCAUACGAAGCCUGACCGCUCGCAAUAGCGCAGUCAGUGCUCUCAGGCAUUUUAUCGUAGUUCUGCUUUGACCGUCUCCGUUAUAUCGCCUGUUGGUCUUGGCUAUUCUCUGAUGAUGGAUCUUAACCCAGAAUGGCUAAGAUUAGCGUCCUGAGCCAUUGGCAUCCUGUGACUUUUGGUAUAUCUGCUGCCACCACCGUCGAUGAUUGGUACUAUUAUUUUCUCGGUAAUAGUAGGAGUAGUAGUGACUUUAGUGUUUAUGGAGAGCAAGGAUGCGAUUGUUCGAUCUGUCCAAUGGUGUCUCCACUUGUUUUCUUGAAUCUUCAGUCUCGCAGUACAUAUGCCUGCAUAAGUCGCAUUUGAAAUUGUGAGUUGUAAUAUGGUUGCCUGACCUUCCAGAUUGAGCACUAGUUGACUUUCAUAUUUCAUUGCCCACAGACACCCCACCCUACUUGCCUCCCGUCGGUGAAGUUGACGAUGUCUCAAACUUUUCCGGAGGCGCUUCGCGUUUUCGCGAUGAACAGUUGUUAGACAUGUCGUCUGAUCCACCCAUAUCACCCUUGAGGAAUAUUCCCCACGCCCCGUCAUCUGCCAACCUCCAGCGGUCUGAGGACGUAGAGAACAUCGACCCCGCGAACACGGCAGCCAGUGUGGAAGCGAAUAAGUUGAAGAAACGACAGGCCAUUUACGAAGCAGCUACUGCGCCUAUCAAGGAAGACGUACAGGAGGUAGAAGACGUUCAGUGGCAGGGUCCGAACUAUGCACAGGACCUCCCUUUUGUUGGGUUCUCCUUUACGCCUGGUCUUCUCUUAGGUGAAGCGCGCUCUCGGCAGCUCAAUCCUGUCGCCAAUGCUCAGACGAUAAAGUAG